AUGGCUGAUUCUCUUACCGAAGAGCAAGUCUCUGAGUUCAAGGAGGCUUUCUCUCUCUUCGAUAAAGAUGGCGAUGGACAAAUCACUACGAAGGAGUUGGGCACAGUUAUGCGAUCGCUCGGCCAGAACCCCUCUGAAUCUGAGUUGCAAGACAUGAUCAACGAGGUCGACGCUGAUAACAAUGGAACCAUUGACUUCCCAGAGUUCCUCACUAUGAUGGCGAGGAAAAUGAAGGACACCGAUUCCGAGGAGGAAAUCAGAGAGGCGUUCAAGGUCUUUGACCGUGACAACAACGGAUUCAUCUCCGCUGCUGAGCUCCGCCAUGUCAUGACAUCCAUUGGAGAGAAGUUGACAGAUGAUGAGGUCGAUGAGAUGAUUAGAGAGGCCGAUCAAGAUGGUGAUGGACGAAUUGACUACAACGAAUUCGUCCAGCUCAUGAUGCAGAAGUAG